AUGUGGCAUACGGUAAAAACAUACUUCGCAGAGUCCAACAGUCUCCUACAAUUCUGCAGCCAUCUCUGUGAAUUGAAGUCAUAUCCAAACAAGAACAGCAACACAGAAUAUGGCGUGGAUCUAGACGAAGAUUGCAUGCGAAUAUUCUCCGCCCUUGGCGAUAUCUCUCGCCCCCCAUGUACAUGCAACGAGACCCAAUCGCUGUAUGAUCACAUCGAUGCAUACAUCAAGAAUCAUCCCAAACACCACAUCAAAGACUACAGCAUCCACACCGGCAAAGGCGACACCUGCAUCGAAGAACUAUGUCGAUAUGUCAUGCGUGACGUACUCCAAUGGUGGGCCAACUGGCAUGGAUCUAUAGCAGGCCAUCGAUGGAAGCAUUUGUACAUCGCAUUUACGACCACCUUCGACGAAAUAGCAAUUCCUCCGCAAGAUCUAGCAGAUGGUUCUUUCCGUUUCCUGGGAAACUCUCUAGCGGAUGUUCUCGAAGGGCUGCGCUUAGAAGGUGUUCAUCCGGACGAUAUCAAAUUACUGGAGAUGUACCUGUGGCGACAGUCCAUCAUUCAAUAUCUCGAAAAGGUCGACCCGACGAUCCGCGAGAUCUUGAUAGGAAAGACUACCCUCAUGACUCUAUGGAGGGUGUUGACGGCAGGGACUCAUAGUGCCGCUGUAUUUCUUCUCACCAGUAAGGGUAUCCGACCAUAG